AUGUUAGUUGUUUUCCCCGCAGAUCCUCUAUCCCCAAAGUGGACAUCUCCGGCUUCCAAGGUUCUGGACCCCGGGCAGUCAGAUCCAACGGAUAUAACCGAAUAUGCAAGAUGGGGGCCGUCCGAACAACUCCCCCACGUCUCGGCCAAGGAGGAAGAGACGCCCCUGCAGACGGAUACAUCCGGCCUAGCAAGGCCAGCAGCUGGCUCAGACCCCGAUCUUGCCGAUCGAGGUGCUAGUACCCCCAGCUUCCACUGUUCACAAGUCCCGCCCUCCAUUGGCUCGGACGGCGAAGGCUGCACUCAUCGGCAAUCACCACCUCGGCCAACGACCCGAAAGCGGGACCCCCUUCCAAAUGAAGAAAUUUACGACGGGAUGGCAGAUGAAAAUAUAGAACGCAACUGGUCCGUGGACACGGCCGACUUACACUUCAACGGCAAGGCAGACGAGCUGCCUAAGGUGCUUAUGCAUAUCCGUCUAGAGUCAGCCCUGGAUUCCGACCUACAAGACAGCGCCGUCAGUCCUACACGGGGGCUAAAAACGGAGCGCUGUGAUCGCCUGGUUGCUGCCUAUCCCGCCGACUACUCGGCACUGAAACGAGAAGCUGCACGAAUAGAAGCCCCGACAACGGUGGCCCCAUAUGGGGCCGGGUUCUUCCUCUAG